AUGACAUUGAAGCUGGAAUUGGAACAAUAUCCUUUUGUUGACCUUUCUGCGAAAGUUGCCGAAAUAAUUGAAGAUCGCUUUGCUAUAGUUCUGAAAUCAAAACUAACAUUAGCUUGUAUGUACUUGGAUCCACGAUUCCAGUGUGCACUUGACGAAAACGAAAAGAAAAUCGCCAAAUCGUAUUUGGUAAAACUGCAUGAAAGAAUGGAAAUAAAGCGUUUGGCCAAACUUGAUGCAAGUCCAGACACAGAUAGUCGUUCAAAUGAAUCCGACAAUUCAAACACACGUGACGAAAAUGAGAAUCUAUUGGAGAAAAUGUUACAAUCCAAAUGCAAUCAAGCGAAAAAUUCACACCAAAAAAAGAUUUUACAAUUGCUCAAUGAGUUUGAUUUUCAAUCAGAACGAACGCCAACUGGAAUUGAUAUAAUUGAAUUCUGGACGAAUAAUGCUGCUUCUCGACUAGAACUGGCUAAGUUGGCUGCUGUAUUGUUUGCCAUACCCGCAGCGGAGGUGAUUUGUGAACGAGAUUUUUCAACUUUAAAUUUCGUGUACAACAAGCUGCGAAACAAACUCAACGAUGAAUCAUUACAAUGCAUCAUGUUUAUCAAAUCGAACGAAGAAAUUUUUCAAAUGCAAUAG